AUGUCAUUACCAUCAUCAAGGACAAGGAUAAUUCAAGUAACAUGUGCCAUAAUUUGGUGUUUAUUCGCAGCUGGUCCUAUAUUUGGAUUUGCAGCUUUAAAACCAAUCUUAAUUGACCAGGGUGUUUAUCAUGAAGUUUGCUCCACAGCAGCAUCAUCAUCAUCAACAAAAGCAUGUGUUGAACAAGAUUUAAAAUUAAAUAAGAUGUUCACCAUUGGUGCUGUUGUUACAAAUGCUACUGCUUUGAUAGUGGGUCAUAUUUUGGAUAAUUAUGGUCCAAGAAUUUGUGGUAUUAUUGGGUCAAUUUUAAUUGCUAUUGGUGCUUUAGAAUUAUCAAGUUUUUUGAAAUGGAUACCUUUAGAUCCAUAUUUAACAGGUUAUGUAUUCUUAGCAUUAGGUGGUCCAUUUGUCUUCAUUUCAAGUUUCCAAUUAGCUAAUAGUUUCCCAAAAUAUAGUGGUAUGAUCUUGGCUUUAUUAACUGGUGCUUUUGAUACUUCAAGUGCUGUUUUUUUAUGUUAUAGAUUAAUUUAUCAAAAAAUUGAAAAAAUUCCAUUAAAUAUCUUUUUUGGAAUUUAUUUAAUUAUACCUGUUUUCAUUUUUCUGUGUCAGGUUUUCAUCAUGCCAAAUUCAAGUUAUAAAACUAUUGGAACUGUUCAAAAAUUAGGUAUUGAAGGACUUGAUGAAAAUGGGAAUUUAAUUGAAGGUGAUGAUGGUGCAAAUUUCGCAGUGGAAACCGAUGAAAGAACUUCAUUAUUAUCAGCACCACAAGGCGGAGAACAAGGUAGACCAAGAGGAACUUCAUAUACAAAUGAUGGAACAAGACGUAAAUCAAUUUAUGAAGAAAUUAUUGAAGAUGAAAUAACACAUAAAUCAGGAAAUAUUUUUGGUAUAUUAGAUGGUGAAUCCAUUGCAAAUCAAUUGAAAAGUCCAUUUUUCAUAUUAAUGUGUGCAUUCACUACGAUUCAAAUGAUUAGAAUUAAUUAUUUUGUUGCUACUAUUAGAUCCCAAGAAACUUGGUUAAUUGGUGAAGAAUUAGGUCAAAAAAUUAAUGAAAUUUUUGAUAUUGCAUUACCAUUAGGUGGUAUUGUGGCAAUUCCAUUCAUUGGUAUUAUAUUAGAUAAUAAUAAAACAGUUAAUGUCUUAACAAUUUUAUUAAUUACAUCAAUUUUCAUUGGUAUUUGUGGUGUUUUACAAAAUUUUUCCAUAAAUUUAAUUGGUAUUUUUUUACUUGUUGUUUAUAGACCUUUUUAUUAUACCGCGGUUAGUGAUUAUAGUGCAAAAGUAUUUGGUUUUACAACAUUUGGUACAGUUUAUGGAUUAAUGAUGUGUAUUAGUGGGAUUUUUAAUUACGCUCAAACUAUUUUAGAUUUUAUAACUCAACGUUAUGAAAAUUCAAAUCCAAUUCCAAUUAAUCUUUUAUUGGUUUCAUUGACUGUUGUUUUUGGUACUAGUUUGAUUGGAUAUAUCUUGUCACAACAGAAGAACAUUCAUAGAAAGAGGUUAGAAUUAGAAGCUGAUAGUGCACCAGAACAAGAGAUUCCUAAUUAA